AUGAUGGGCUCUAUCUCCUUCAGCGAGCCGAGCUCAGAAAUUAGCGAGCCGCCGUGGUACGCUCUUCAAAGCUCGCUCACGGUUCCAAACUUCAGUUGGGCCUCGGUUCGAGAUCUGUUCCAGGGAAACGGCAGCCACGCUUAUGAUGUUGAAGCGACUGUUGACAGUAGUGGGCCAGCACCCACGGAGUACGAUGCCUGGGGCUUCAGGGAACUUUGUCAGUGUUCGCGGAGCCAGAGAUUGCUACUUUUCGCUAUGCUAUUUGGAACCGGCGUGGUGGUUUCGUUUCUUUCGGUUGGGAUGCUACCGAUGCUGAUUCUGCGACCUCAGAAGUUUGCGUUUGCAUUCAGUCUCGGACAAGUUCUGCUCAUCACCUCGACGUGGCUUGUGGUUCCUCUUCAGGUUCAGCUACGCGCACUGAGCGUUACAGAAAGAGCGACCGCUGCAGCUAUGUAUGGGAUAGCACUCGUACUAGCACUGGUUACGAGCUUGCGACAUCUGGCGCUGCUCGCGCUGUGCUUCGUGCUGAUUCAGCUCAGCGCGCUGGCAUGGUAUCUAUUAACGUUCCUGCCAUUUGGACGAGGAUGGCUUUGGGCCUGGUUCAGCUCUGCAACUGGGUUGCAUCGCUUGGACGGCUCGGUGCAAGCGCCCUGGAGAUGGAUGCCCUCGAGCGUGUCGGGCGGCAACUGA